AUUCGAGGACGAUGUCGGGUUACUUUUCUACGCGCCAUGUGUAAAAGUGUUUGCUUCUUUCCUUGCUGAAAGUAUUAACUAUUAACUGUCUAUGUUCAGGAGUAAUUAUAAUGUUGAGUGUAUGCCAUCCUUAUGUCCUUACAUACUUUUUAAAACAUACUUCAAGUGAUCUGGAGACUCCGGUCUAGCUAACUGCUGUUUUUACCUUGGGAAUUAAAGAUCAGUAUCAAUAUGUCCAACAAUAGUGGAUUAGAUAUAACAAAUUUGGAUGAUUUACGUGAUCCAUCGGGAAUUUUUUCACUCAUCGAAGUUGUGGGUAAAGGCACUUAUGGAAAUGUAUACAAGGGACGAUACACGCGCACUGGUCAGCUAGCUGCCAUCAAGGUUAUGCCAAUUACUGAAGAGGAUGAAGAAGAAAUUAAGCUGGAAAUUGAUACGUUAAAAAAGUUAUCGAAUCAUCGAAAUAUUGCUAGUUAUUAUGGUGCAUUUAUUAAAAAAUCUUCACCUCGUGAUCAUCUUUGGCUUGCUAUGGAAUAUUGUGGUGCUGGAUCAGUUGCUGAUUUAAUAAAAAGUACUCGCACGAAAUCACUCAAAGAAGAUUGGAUUGCUUAUAUUAGUCGAGAAAUCCUCCGAGGUCUUAUGCAUUUACAUGCAAAUCGUGUGAUUCAUCGAGACAUUAAAGGUCAAAAUGUAUUGCUCACUGAUAAUGCUGAGGUGAAACUUGUCGAUUUUGGAGUGAGUGCACAAUUGGACAAAACAUUUGGUAAACGGAAUACAUUUAUUGGGACCCCGUACUGGAUGGCGCCUGAAGUGAUUCAUUGCGAACAAGACUCAAGUUGUACAUAUGAUGCUCGUUCAGAUAUCUGGUCAUUGGGUAUAACAGCUUUAGAAAUGGCUGAAGGUCGACCACCAUUAUGUGAAAUGCAUCCAAUGCGUGCACUUUUCUUAAUUAUGCGUAACUCACCACCUCGAUUAAAACAAUCACCGAACGGAUCUAGACAUUGGACACCAAGAUUUCAUGAUUUUGUCAAUAAAUGUUUAACUAAAGAUUUCCAUAAACGUCCAAAUACAUCAGAAUUAUUUCGACAUGAAUUCAUUACAAAUUUACCAAAUGAACGACAAAUUAGAAUUCAACUCAAAGAUCAUAUAGAUAGACAUAGACGAAAUAGGCAAACUGAAGAACAUGAAAAAAUUUAUGAAUAUGAAGGAAGUGAUGAAGAGGAGGAGGAGGAAACUAGUGCAGCUGUUAAAGGAGCUGCUGCCGCUGCUCUAGCUAUGUCAGCUGCUGUUAGUGGAAAUGGUCAAGCACAUCGUCUACCUAGUCAAAUAGGUCAUCAUCCACCUCAAUUUCGUCAGCCAACAGAUAAACCUCCCCAUAAUCAAGUGCUUCGAACUAGUGGAGUUCCUGAUCAAAACGAAGUAGCGUCGUUUGUUUCACAACCAUCUGUAUCUGGAUUAAACUAUAGACAACAUGGACAUAUGAUACAAAGUGGUAAUAUUGUAAAUGAUAAUGUACCAGUGAAUGCUCGAUUUAUCUCACGAAAUCCUAUGUCAGUAGUUAAUAAGCUACCUGCUGUUACACCGCAAUCAAUGAUGCCGCAUAAUAGUCGGUUGCCAAGGUUAGAUGAAGGAGAAUCAGCAACUGUCAAUGCUAAGGAACCAGGUGAAAAUACACUUCGUCAAAAUUUUGCUCGUUUACAGGAACGUGAACACCAUCCAUCUGUAGGUGUUGCUCCUCAACGAUCUGCCAAUGGACGCCCACAAUCAUCUAGUCAUCACUUUCCUCAACAUUCACGACAUUUGAAUAGUAGUCGUGGACCACCGGCAUAUAAUCAGUCACAACAGCAAAUACAUUCGAAUCAACCGAAGCUGGGUGUCUUAGCUGCUGGGAGUCGUCUAGCUGACGCGGGUGGUUCAUCAUCUUAUGCUGCUACUAAUACUACAGUCUCAGAUACACCUACAGAUAGCCAAUCUGUAACUAACAAUGAGAUUGUGUCCACGUCAUCCUCAGUUAAUAAUUCGGUCACUACACCCUUAUCAGUUAUUGGUGCAGUUGGUGAUAGUGGGCAACUUUCGCAUCAUUUUCCCCUACAGCAUCAUAGAGCAUCUGUGCCAAAUCCUCCCAAUUCUUUUCAUCCGACUGUUGUUACUUCUUCUUCCUCAUCGUCAUCACCAUCGAUAUUUUCAAAUGAUCAUUUGGGCAAUUUACUUAUUUCGCCAUUUCGUGCAAAACUUGCCAAUCCUGGUCCACCACCCAUUCCACUUCAUCAGCAGGUUCGUAUUAGUAAUAGUGGAUUAAACGGAGGAUUACAUAAUGCUUCAGGAAUACAACAUCAAACUGAUGAAGUGAAUGGUUCAUCUAGUAUAGUUGGCAUGAGUAACCCUGCUAGUUCUCGCCUUCAGCACAUUGUCGCACCGAAAUUUCCAUCAACCCGUCCAACAAGUCAGGCUGUGCCACAUUUAGAUCUUCGUAAACCACCAUUAGAAUCAGCUUUACCCCAAUCAAUCAUCACAUCAACUACUCCAGUUGUUAACCAAUCCAAGUCAUCGGUAAACACAAGUAUAUCGAGUCCUGUUAAUCGGUCUAGUGGAGCUGCGAUGGCUUUUGCUGUAACAUCUAGUACUAUCACUACCACAACUACGACAACAUCAGUGCCGACUAGUACAACAACAGUGACGACGGUGACAACAACAAGUGACGUUUUUAAUUCUAACUUGGCUCGCCAAUCAGCAACAUCAAAUUUACUAUCUGGAUUCAGCAAUCGAUCUCCAGCACACCAAAUAUCCUUACUUGGUGAAAAUGUUUCGACUAAGAACAUCACUACAACAGUUGCAAAUAACAGUACAUGUAUAAGUAAUAAUCAUAAAAUGCAUUCAAAUCAACCUGGAAUUCGUUCACGCGCAAGUAAACAAUUGUCUAAUCGUCAAAAUUCAGGCGUUAUUCCCCAAAAAUUACAUCAUCCUCAUCAUUUACAUCAGCAAAACAAUCCAAAUCACAUAAGUAAAAAUUCUGAGGAACUUGAUCAAUUAGCUGCACAAUUGACUAAUUUAGGCGCUGUUUCACCCAGCCCUCAUCGACAAAAUAAUCGAAAUCAGUUGAAUGGUAAAUUAGACACAAAAUCAAAUGAUAAACUAUCAUCAUCAUCACAGCAACAACACUACCAGCAACAAAAAUCUUAUGAAAAUAAUAAUGUAAAAUCAUCAACAUCUAAUGAAUUAGUUACAUCAAUGGAACCAGUAUGUGCAGUUGAAAAACUGAAUCGAUCUAGUUCACUUUCUUCAACAUCAUCAUCUUCUUCUUCUUCGUCAUCUACCACUAAUUCUUCGUCUAUAUCAUCUGAAUUUCAUGGUAACGAGGGUUCACCAGUACACGUGGAAAAUAAACAUUCAACAAGCAACUCAUCUACAAUGAGUAGAUCUCAUUCUGUUGGUUCAAAUCAUGAAUAUCACACUUCAAGCACUUGUUCUUCAUCCUCCGUUUCUACUAUUUCUUCGUGUGAUUCUAAUCAACGUAAAAAUCGUGAAAACGCGUGUCGAGUUAUACUGAAUGGAAAACGACAUUCAGAAAUAGAUCCUCGUCGACUUACUGUUGUCGAAAAUGUCCGUGUGUUCAAUAAUAAUAACAACCAAAUGGAUCAUAAUGCUGGUGUUGAUUCUAAUGAGCUUGAUGACUUAGAUAGAGUACAAAGAGAUCCAGUACAAUUCAUCGCUUCUAAUGAUGACCAGCUUGACGACUUUAACUGUGGAGCUUACAACAUACAAAAUGAUGAGGAAGAUGACGAGGAUACUGGAGGCGGAGGAGAGGAAGAGGAGGAUGAAGAUGAAGGUGAUGUCAUUGUUGUUGAAGAAGAAGAAGAGAAUGGUGCUGAUCUAGAAGAGGCUGAACAGUUAAGGGCUACUUUAUCCAUUGUUCGUACACGUCAAAGAUCAUCAUUUGAUGAAUCGAUAAGAAAUGUUGAUGGUGAUGUUGGUAGUGCUGUCACAAAUGAAUCCUCAUGCUAUGUAGAUGAUGGAACGUUGUCCAAUGCAGCAGUUAGAUGGCAUAAAGAGGGGACCUUUGACAAUGUGGUGCACUCAAUAAAUCUUAUGCCUAAUUCACCAAUUAUUCAGCCUCCACCGCUUCCUCCACGCUCUAAACGUCAUUCUUUUUACUUAGAAUCUCACUUUCCUAAACCUGUACACCGAACUGUUAUGGUUUCACCACCAUGUCAUAUUUUAUUAGAGUUAGGUUCAUCCAAUCAGUCAAGACGUUAUUCUGCACCAGGUCUUUCAAUUUUAAAACCAUCAGAUGAAUUUGCCAAGGAAACUUUAUGCAGUUUAGCAUCGAUUAUUGAGUCUACAUCUGGGACAAUUGACCGAUCUAGAUCUAAUGUUAAUCCAUCAACUAGUAGUAAUAAUGUUAAAUACACUGUUUCAAAUGGUUAUCCAAACACAACUGAUCUGUCUUCAUGUACAGAUAAGGUGAAAGUUACAAGUUCAUCUCAAAAUGUUUCACAUAUUGGUGUCCCGCAUUCAUCAUCAUCAAAAUUAAUUACAAAUGAAAAAGAAGGAUGUACAAAAACACAAGAAGCUCGACCAUUGUCACCACCACCACAUUCUUCAGACGCUACUUCUGCUGUUCUAGGCGGUCCGUAUAACAAGCCACCAUAUCAACCAACUGAUAUAUGUACAAAUAUACCGACUAACCAGCAUCCAUUAGGACAAUCCAACUUAGCUCAGAAAACGAGUCCACAAAUCUCUCCUCAGUCUGUAGUGAUUAUAGACUCAAAUAAAGCACUUCCUAGUUCAGUUUGGUCAGUUCAAACAAACAAUAAUCUUGGCCCUCGAGUUUCAGAACCAAGUCCACGUGGAGGUCUAAAAUCGAAAACCCAGUUAGAUAUACAACUUUCACAGUCAAGUUCUAAUCCUUCAUCAUCUAGCAACAAUAGUGGUUUAAUCAAAUCAAUCGCUUUGCCUAAUUCUCUAUGUGGUAACUUAUUGAAUUUUAAUUUGCCAUCAAUUAAUACAACAACAAGCACAGUUAUUACAACUGGUUCAUAUUUAUUACCUACAAGUAUUAGCAGUGGUGCUGGUUGUAUAUCAACUGCUUCAAAUAAUAUUUCAACAACAAAUUCCAGUUUAAACAACAAUGAUACACCGGAAAUACAAGUUUAUAAAAAACGUUUUAAUUCGGAAAUUUUGUGUGCAUCUAUGUGGGGUGUAAAUUUAUUGAUUGGUCUUGAAACGGGUCUUUCUUUAUUAGAUCGUAGUGGUGAAGGUCGUGUUUAUUCGUUAAUUACAAGACGAAGAUUUUCAAGGAUGGCUGUUUUAGAAGGUCAGAAUAUUUUAGUUACUAUAUCUGGACGUAAAAAUCGUGUACGCGUCUACUAUUUAUCUUGGCUUCGUAGUAAAAUUAUGAAAACGGAAGGAUGUGACAAAAAGAAUGGUUGGGUUAAUGUCGGUGAAAAUUUACAAGGUGCUGUACAUUUUAAAAUUGUAAAAUAUGAAAAAAUUAAAUUUCUUGUCAUCGCAUUGAGAGAUUCUGUAGAGAUUUAUGCUUGGGCACCUCGUCCGUAUCAUAAAUUUAUGGCUUUUAAAAGAUUCUCUGAACUCAAACAUCGACCGUUAUUGGUAGAUUUAACCGUUGAAGAGAAUACCCGUUUAAAAGUUGUAUAUGGUUCAUCUAAUGGUUUUCAUGCUAUUGAUUUGGAUUCAAAUAUAGUAUUCGACUUAUAUAUGCCUUCUUUGAUUAAUUCACAUAUUACUCCUCAUUGUAUAGUAGUACUUCCUAAUACAGGUGGUAUGCAGUUACUUUUAUGCUACGAUAGUAAGUUUUAUUCAUACUCAUGUAUUACUAUCGAUUUAUUAGUUCACAUUUCAUUGUACUACAAUAGUAAAUGUUUAGCGUUUAUAGAUUAAAUGAAAGCAAAUUGUCUGGGACUUGUUAACCAUACUCAUUUUUAUUCCAUGAAAUAUCGGCGUUUUCGCUAAAACUAUUUACAUAGAACACCGGAAGCCAUCAAAUCGGUUUGUAACUUCACAGUACUGUGACUAUUUUACUUUCUGAAUUCCUGACAGUGACAUUUUUUGAAAACACUUUAACCUUGGAAUUGAUGUAUUGUAUCUGCCAACAUUGGAAAUUUUCAUAUUUUUCAGUGGUUCUUCGAUCUAUCUGUCAAGGAUAAAGACCAUCGUCAGAACAAUAAUAGCUACGUUAAGUAAAAACUUGCAUUUGAUUGGUUUUCUUGUGAUCAGCGCCUUUCACAGAGUAAUAUGGACCUAUUGUAAAACCGCUUUCUUGCAUCGAUUUUCUUUUUAGCUGAAGGUGUCUAUGUAGAUACUAAUGGAAAAUUAACAAAAAAUAUUGUUAUCCAAUGGGGUGAAGUUCCGACUUGUGUAGCCUAUAUAUCUACCGGUCAAUUACUUGGUUGGGGUUUAAAAGCUAUUGAAGUUAGAUCAGCCGAAACUGGACACUUAGACGGAGUAUUCAUGCAUAAACGUGAACAGAAAUUCAAAUUUCUUUGUGAACGUAAUGAUAAGGUAUUUUUCUCGAAUACACGGUCUGGGCCACCCCAAGUAUCUAUGAUGACCCUUAGUGGCAUACACUGGUAAUAAAUUAACUUGACUUUUCAUGUCUACAGUUGUUCUUGAUGAUUUUUAAACUAAGAGUAUUGCCAACACCACUACUACGCAUUCUGACACCCGUACAAUACAGAGAAAUCAAUAUCUUAAUAUUUAAGUACUAUAAUUUAAUGUCUGACAAUGCAUUUCUGUUUGAAUGUGUUGUUGUAAUGGUAAAUGACAGUAAUUCUGAGUAAGAAGAAAUGAUAACUUUCCAACAAAUUUAUCUCAUUUUAGUCUACAGCAUCGUCCAAAUAAACGAGCCAAAACAUUUUCUCUCCUAAUUUUAUGCAUAAUUUACAGUCUUCUUCCAAUUGACCUUUAUUUGCGCAUUUUGUUUGGAUUGUGUACAUUAUCGUUGCUAAUAUUAACCCGCAUGAAUGGAUAUCAAUUUUGAAAUGUUCUACAUAUUUAUUAUUUGCCAGUAAAUAAAAACACUCACAAACAAUGUAUCCCAACCUGUGCUAUAAAUGUGAUGAAAGCUUAUGUUCUUUAUUAAUGGUUCUUUUCUUUUUCAGUAAUAUGUUAUAUAUACAAAUAACUUUAGGAAAAUUUGAUUUGUAGUUGUGAAUUGUUUUAGAAAUUUUUACUUCUAAUUGUAACAAUAACCUCAAUUCCUUUCCUCUAUUAUUAUAUUGAACUACUUUGAUAAAUAUCCAUCCUUCUAGGUGCAUAUAUGACCAUAUAUUCUUAACUUUAUCAGUUUUGGUUAGUGCUAUUCAUUUCCUGUUCAUAUUAUCUAGAGGUUAUUAGAAUUUGACAUAUUUGUUAUUGUUAUCAGUCAAUCAUUCGUUCAUCUACUGCUCUCAGAUAAUAGUAUGGAUAAACUUGCUUAUCGAAUAUUAACUUCUACUUUAAGUUUUGCACAUUUUUCACUAUUAUUUUCAAUCCAUGAGGGAUGAUGAUAGGUUUGUUACACACAAAUAAAUAUUUAGCAUGUUUUUCUCCUUUCAGUGUUUCUUAAUUUGAACUCUUGAUAACAGUUUUCAUUUCUUAUUAUUUUUUUUAAAACAAAGUUGUUCAUGCUUAUUAUCCUAUUUGUCUCGUUUGUAUUAUUGUUAGCAAUCAGUAUUUAAUUGAAUUGUAUGAACAAAUUUUAUAUAUGCGAGGUAAUGUGAGAGCAAAGUAAAUGAUUCACAUACUG